AUGUCUGGUCUAUUAAAGAACAUAUACUUAGUAGCAAAUCUGGUAAUCUACCCAGUUGCAAGUGGGAUCAUAACCGAUUUAAGUCAGUCCCAUGUUUCAUGGCAAAAUCUUAAACUUAAUGAGCAAAUCAAUCUUGUAAUUGUAAUAUUUUCUGCAAAACUCGGGGUUUCUUUCUCUAAACACUUACGACUUCCUUGGAGCAACCCUUCUUCAGAGGCAAGUGAUCUCCUUCAGGAGGUCUGGCGUGUUGACAAAGAUGAUUUCAUGACAUCAUUUUCAGUAAUGAGGUUCAACCUUGUUCAACUUUUUCUUCAAGGUACACAAGCUGCUCACCUUAGAAAGAUGAUUGUUGACCUAGACGCUCCUAGGUUUGACAAUGGGUCUCCACUCAGCCAGGAUCCAGCAAUAUCCUAUGUCUGGUCCCAGAGAAAUUUAAAUGCUGUUCAGCGUCGAGCCAUUCUUAAGAUACUUACAGCAAAAGACUACGCUCUUAUACUAGGAAUGCCUGGAACGGGCAAGACAUCCACCAUGGUGCAUGCUGUGAAAGCUCUGUUGAUUAGAGGUUCAUCUAUUUUGCUUACGUCCUACACAAACUCUGCUGUUGAUAAUCUGCUUGUCAAAUUACAGGCUGAGGAUAUUGAUUUUAUACGCAUCGGAAGACAUGAAGCCGUGCAUGAAGAAAUUCGAGGCCAUUGCUUUUCAGAGAUGAACAUUCAAAGUGUUGAAGGCAUUAAGUUAAUACUAAACCAAGUCAAGGUGGUUGCCGUUACAUGUUUGGGGAUCACCAGCCCCUUGCUUGCCAAUAAGAGAUUUGAUGUAUGCAUCCUGGAUGAAGCUGGACAGACCACCCUUCCAGUAUCUCUUGGGCCUCUGAUGUUUGCUUCCAAGUUUGUCCUGGUUGGCGAUCAUUAUCAAUUACCUCCUCUGGUCAAGAGUAUGGAAGCUCGAGAAAAUGGAAUGGGGGUAAGCUUGUUUUGUAGGCUUUCAGAAGUGCCUCAGGCAAUUUCAGCCUUGCAAGGCCAGUACCGUAUGUGUCAAGGCAUUAUGGAACUGUCAAAUGCCUUGAUUUAUGGUGAUCGACUUCGUUGUGGCUCUCCUGAAAUAGAAAAUGCGAAACUCAAGGUUUCAAGUUCAAUAUCUCAUUCAUUGUGGAUACAGGAGGUAAGAGCAAUUUUCAAAGGAAUUCCUUUUUGCAAUGUAGAUUCUUUACCUGCUUUUGAGGAAAAGGAUCACAAGAUUGUGAGUAACCCGACAGAAGCUAACAUAAUUGUACAGGUUGUGGAGGGACUAGUCAAGAGUGGAAUAAAGGGGGAAGAUAUCGGCGUCAUUACCCCAUAUAACUCCCAGGCAGAUAUCAUCCAGCUUGCCCUCAACCGCCUGACCUCUGUCAAGAUGCAUACCAUUGACAAAUACCAGGGAAGAGACAAGGAUUGUAUACUAGUGUCCUUUGUUAGGUCAAUGGAAAAUCCAACGAAUUGCUCCUCCUCGCUGCUCCGAGACUGGCAUAGGAUUAAUGUCGCCCUCACUCGUGCCAAGAAAAAAUUGAUAAUGGUUGGAUCGCGCAAAACCCUAUCGAAUGUUGUGCUGAUGAAACUUCUUAUCGAGCAAGUUGAACAGCAGUCGGGCAUCUUAAAUGUAUCGAACAAGGAUAUUAAGUUUAACAGCGAGUUAAGGAGAUGCUCUCAGGCUCAGGUCAGAUAGAUGAUUGAUUGUAAAUUUUCCAUCCUGUUCGUCCAGUUUUGGUUGGUGACUGUACAUACUGCUGCUGAUUUAUGAGGUUGAAGGUUGUAUAUUUAGAAAGAUCUCUCUC